AUGUCAAUUAAGAUAACAGCAGCUACCAAGGAGGAUGUGCCGGAAUUAUUGGGUUUGAUUGUAGAAUUGGCGGUGUAUGAGAAAGAGCCUGAUGCUGUGGUAGCCACUCCCGAGCUUAUGAUCAAGAACAUAUUCGAAAACAAGUAUGCAGAAUGUUUGAUCGCUCGUACAGUCUCUGAAGAUGGUGGCAAAGGAGUAGCAGUCGGACUUGCUUUGUACUUCUUCACGUAUUCGACUUGGUUAGGUGCACCAGGUUUAUACCUCGAAGACUUAUAUGUUAAACCUGAAUAUCGAUCAAAGGGAUUAGGUAAGAGGUUUUUCGGUGAAUUAGGUUACAUAGCGAAUGAACGUGGAUGUAAACGAGUUGAAUGGCGUGUAUUGAAAUGGAAUAAACCUUCGAUCGAUUUUUAUAUCGAGUGUCUCAAAGCUGAGAAUUUGAUUGAAUGGGAUACGAUGCGCGUUGAAGGGAAAGAGGGAUUCGAUAGAUUGAUAUCAUUCAGAAAAGUCGAAUAA